AUGGACAAAGACAAGGUGAGUCCCAUUCUUCUCUCCACCACAGCAGACAAAAUGAAGACGCGCACCAAGCAACCCAGAGCUGUUUUAACUCUGCAGCCUAAACGGACACCGACGGGGAUAUACCAAGGAGAGACCGUUACUCUCCGAUGUGACAUACAGGAAGACGGAGUUACUGACUGGGAGUACCGAUGCUGUAUGGGAGUACGGAGGAGUAACUCCCAGAAGUCCAGUAUCAGUGAAGACGUCACACUAACCGUGUCAUGGAUGGCUUCUCCUCACCUGACCAUGUCUCCUUCAUGGUGGGCGAAUGCUGGAGACUCAGUAACGCUGAGCUGUGAGGUUGGAGAUUCGUCUACAGGCUGGAGGUUCUCCUGGUACAAGGCUGUACCCUUCAGGGAAGGGUUCCCCUCUUAUCCAGACAAGGACUUCUUUCCAGAGCUGCUACCGGACAGUGAUGAUGGGGCUGGAGGCUCCUACUCUCUCAACCUGGUUGGUCUGAAUCACAGAGAGAGAUAUGUGUGUAGAGCUGAGAGAGGAGACCCAGUCUAUUACACAGACUUCAGUGAACUCAAGUUUCUCUGGGUAGAAGGUCAGUCUCCUUCAGCCUCUCUGACUGUCAGUCCCAACAGAGUUCAGUUUUUUUACAAUGAGUCUGUCUCGCUGGGCUGUGCGGUGCAGGGGGAUUCUAAUAGAUGGAGAGUGAAGAGGUACUUACGAUGGGGAGAAGCCAAAGUGUUAGAGUGUCCUACUGACUGGGGAUCAGUGACAGGAUCCACAUGCAUCUUCACAACUACAGAUGUCUGGUCAGACACUGGAGUGUACUGGUGUGAGUCUGAGUCAGGAGAGUACAGUAAUGCCGUCAACAUCACAGUGACCCUUAAGGGUGUGGCCCUGGAAAGCCCCGCCCUUCCUGUGACUGAGGGAGAUACCGUGACUCUACGCUGCAGAUUUCAGGGGACCCCAUCAAACCUCAGUGCUGAGUUUCAUAAAUGGAUAGACAAUGGCUACCUCACUAAGACUGAGCUAACAGGAGAGAUGACCAUCCCUGCAGCAACACAGUCAGAUGAAGGAUGGUACCGGUGUAAACAACUAGACCAGGGAGAAUCACAUGGGAGCUGGGUGUCUGUGAGAGCUCCAGACCCAGUGUGGUCCAUCUCUUUGCUUAUUCUGCUGUGUAGUUUACUGGUGAUUUCUAUCUUCCUGCUGGUGACCAUUGUACUGGUGGUGAAAUGCUGUAGGGAUCGAGCAGCUCGAUCAAGAGACAAGAGAAAUGACAGAAACACCACUGACCAAGUCAUCGGUUUUGAAUUAAUAUGAGAGACUGGGAUCUGACCAAGUUAUCAGUAAUUAACAUGAGAGACUGGGAUCUGACCAAGUUAUCAGUAAUUAACAUGAGAGACUGGGAUCUGACCAAGUUAUCAGUAAUUAACAUGAGAGACGAAGCUGUGCUUCCAUCUUCACCAACAUGUGUUCAAUAUGUAUGUUCGAGCUUUGAGGAAGACAUUUUAUUUUUAUAAAUGAAUGUGGACAUGCAAUAUUUGAUUGAUUUUCAAUGACCGAGCGAGAGAUGAAAUGAAGGGUAGACACCAAGUAGGGCUAGGUGCCAGCAUUCGUACCCACGCAGCAUGGGAAUACACUGUGAUGGUAACCAGGAAGACUUCAAGAAGACUACUGUACUCCCUCACCCUUGUAGUUUUUCAACUUUUGUCAUUUUAAAAAAAUUGUCUUCAAUGGGCAAAAAACGAAAUAAAAUGCAUCUGGUAGAAGUAUAUUCAUCCACAAACACCUUAUUUUACAUUUAUCUUAAAUGCGUUUUCAUGAAUUUUAUGAUAUUAGCUUGAAGCCCAUUCAGUACACAUGGGACAUGAUAGGAAAGUAAAGGGGAAGUUACUUUCGCAUUGGAUUGUAUAUGUGCCACAAAGCCACCCUCAGCCACACAUAAGACCUUUUCUAUUAUUUUUAUUCAUUUUUAUUCAUUUUUUUUAAAUUUAAUUGAUUGGUUUCUUUUACUAAAUAUUCAGGCUGUAGGUCUUUCCAUGAUACUAUAACAUAACCCUACAAACUGUAAAAUCUACUUGUCUUAAAUAUCAGUCUAAAUGGAUUGCCAACUUUUCUUGGUUUUAAUGUACCUUUGUUUUAGAGUGAC